UGGAAAAUGGUGCCUUGCAUCUGCUCAUCUUCAACCUCCUCCAUAUCCAAAUUCAUUUCAGAACAACCAUACCUCUCCCUUCUAGAAACCAAAUGCUCCACUAUCAAACACCUUCAAAUCAUACACGCUCAAAUCAUCAAGACCGGUUUAAUCAAAGACACCAUUGCAGCCUCUCGCCUGUUAGCAUUCGCCGCCACUUCCUCAGCAGCCGAUAUCAAUUACGCUCUAACAUUAUUCAAUCACAUACAAAACCCCAACAUUUUCACCUGGAACACCAUCAUCAGAGGCUUCUCCAGAAGCUCAAACCCUCGUAUGGCCAUUUCCUUGUUUAUUGAAAUGUUGUGUAAUUCGGUUGUUGAUCCAGAUAAUCUCACUUACCCUUCGGUUUUCAAGGCGUAUGCUGAACUGGGUUUGUGUAAAAAUGGAGCUCAGCUUCAUGGGAGAGUUUUGAAGUUAGGGUUAUUGUUUGAUGAUUAUAUAUGUAACAGUAUUGUGCACAUGUAUGCGAAUUGCGGGUGUUUCGGUGAGGCGUUUGAGGUGUUUGGAGAUGGGGAGGGUAUGGAUGUUGUUGCGUGGAAUUCGAUGGUUAUCUCGCUUGCGAAAUUUGGGAGAGUUGAUGAUGCGCGGAAGGUGUUUGAUGAAAUGCCUGAAAGAAGUUUGGUUUCGUGGAAUAGUAUGAUAAGUGGGUAUGUAAGGGCGGGGAAGUGGGUUGAGGCGUUGAGUCUUUUUAGAGUUAUGCAAGCGGAGAAGAUGAAGCCGUGUGCGUUUACGCUUGUGAGUUUGCUAAACGCUUUGGCGCAAUUAGGAGCGCUGAAACAAGGGGAGUGGGUUCAUGAUUACAUCAAGAGGAAUAAAGUCGAACUGAAUGUGAUUUUAACUACCGCACUUAUCAACAUGUACUGCAAAUGUGGGAGCGUUGAAAGAGCAUGGGAAGUGUUUGAAUCAUCCCCUGUGAAGGGAUUAUCUUGUUGGAACUCGAUGAUCAUGGGUCUUGCGAUGCAUGGGCGUGAAAAUGAAGCGAUCGAGCUAUUCUCCAGGCUCGAUUCACCUGAUGAUGUAAGUUUUAUUGGUGUUCUGACGGCGUGUAAUCACUCAAGAUCGGUUGGAAAAGCAAAACAUUAUUUUUCUUUAAUGAAAGAAAGAUAUAAAAUUAAACCAUCAAUUAAGCACUAUGGUUGCAUGAUAGAUGUGCUAUGUAGAGCAGGGCUGCUUAAAGAAGCAGAAACACUUAUAAAAAGCAUGCCGAUGAAACCCGAUGCUGUUAUAUGGGGAUCUGUAUUGUCAUCUUGUCGGAGGUAUGGAGACGUUAAAAUGGGUCAAUGGGCUUAUAACAAUCUGCUUGAUUUAGGUGUGGAUGAGAGCUGUGGUCAUGUUCUGUUGUCGAAUGUGUAUGCAGCGGGUGGUCAGUUUGAGAUGGCGAUACAAGAAAGAAUGUUGAUGAAAGAAAAACGGAUAGAAAAGAACCCGGGAUGCAGCCUAAUUGAAGUGGAUGGGGAAGUUCAUGAAUUUGUUGCUGGUGGAAGGUUGCAUCCUCAAGUUCAAGAGAUUCAUUGUUUGUUAGAAAAUUUAACCUUGAUGUUGCAUGACAUCAAUUUCCAUAACCCUUGACAGAACAAUUGCAAUGUAUGUA